AUGGGCAACAUUAAAAUCUGCACUUUGUACUUCAUCGUACUUCUCAGCUUCCUUGUGGAGACCGAGUCCGCGAUAUGCUGUUUGAGAUACGUUAAGAAUCCCAGACGAUGUGGAUUUCUGAAAGGAUAUGAUAUUCAAAUUAUGACUGAAGGUUGUGAUCUUCCUGCAAUCAUUUUCCACACCGUGACAGGAAGAUCAAUCUGCGCUAAUCCAUCACAAAACUGGACGCAAGAACGAGUCUUAUGCCUAAAGAAGAAGGCAGAAACAAUGAAGACGAAGACGAUGAGCAUGUUCACCACUUUAUCUUAA